UUGCAUUCUUUACUUUUGCAGUUGUUCAUCUCAAGAGAAGCAUUACAUUCACAAAGCCAGCAAUACUACAAUACAAAUAAUACUACAGAACCAGAUAGUCUGCAGGAAUAGUGGUCUGUGCCGUAGAUCUACUGCUUUACGUUGAGGGUCCAAACCGUAGAUCUACGCCAUGAGCUCAGCUCACUCUGAUAAGCUGUGAGCAGUAAAUUUGGGCCUAGAUAUGAGAGAAUACACCAUUGUGGUAUGUGUGCACCACAUAAAACAAAUCCUGCAGCACACAGUGCAUAAUUAGAGUAAAAAAAAUGAAACUGUAAUUUUCGAUUAAAACAGCAACUUUGCAGUGUUUUUUCAUAUGUUUUUAUAGUUGUAUUUGUGAUUUCUUGGUCUCAUUUGAUAGAAUGGAAGAUACAUUACAGGAAUAGAGAUGAUUUUGAUUGGUUUUUAGUACCGAAAAUAGCUUGAAACUGAGCUCAAAGUAGCGGAAAUGUUAAAUUUUUGCCAAUGUUCAAGAGUAAACAAAUUAUCCCACACGUCCAAUACACGCCAGGUGGUGGGUCUAAUAUAUGUUCACAAAUGUGCUGAUGUUAUUUAUACAAUUAUUACAAUAUUGCAUGACAGUAAAUCUUCUAUUUUUUGGUUUGAAUAAAAAUUUGUUAUGUGAAUUAAAAAUCAAAAUGGAAUUCAUUUGUAAAGCCUGAAAAUGUAACUAAUGAACAGAGGAAAUGUUAGUUUAGUGCUAGGAAUGCCUGCAUUGUUUAUUCUGGACCCUAUUUUGAAAUUGGAAUAUUUUGAACUUUGCACUAAAUUGUCCAAUUUACCAAUUUCCAAUCACUUUAUUUUGUAGUUGAAACAGUUGAGUUGGUGAUUUCUUGUCCUAAAUCGAUUGAAUAGAAGUAAUACUAGUGAAAUAGCUAAGAAUUUGGUCAACUGGAAUAAGGUAAUUGGCCUAAAAUGGGAGUCAAAGUCGGCAAAAUCACCGGUGCAUAAAUAUCGCUGACACGUCAAAAUUCGCAAGAGCAUAAUUUCAUCAGUUUUCUAUCAAAUUUCGUACUUUUUGUUUUGUUACCUUCAGAAAAAGAUUCUCUACCAUUUCACAAGAAAAAAUAACAAAAUUAUUUUUUGAAAAUUCUUGGAGACUGGUGCAUACUUUGAAAUUUGGCCUCUGGACCCUGAAAGGGUUAAUUAAGUUUUAACAUAAUUUCAAUACAAGUCUAGUGAUAAUUAUUUUUCAAAUCUAAAAUUAGUACAUAGAUCUCCCCAUGAAUACUGUGCUAACUUGCUGCUGCUAAAUUGUAACCUCAACCAUUCACAUGUUCUAAUGUAUUUUAAAUUUAAGCAUCUACAAUUAUAUGAAUUUAUGCAUUUAUGAGCAAUUAUCAUGUUUAUAUAGUACCUUAUUUAUUGAUAUAAUUAAUGGAUGUUAAAUCCCAAUAGCUAAUUGGAGCUUCAGGUAUAAAACUGGUACUUUCUCUAGACAUAGUUUUGGAACAAUAAUGUGGCACUGAACAGCUUUUAGGGUACUAAGGACUAGCACUCCUGAGCUGCCACUGUUGACGUUGUGUGGAGAAUUAGUAUAUUGAGGACACUAACUGUGUCCUCAUAUAUAGUGUUCAACUUCAAGCUCAGAUCAGGACCAAAAAGAUUCUUCAGUUAUUUCAGAAUGCACAUGCUUAAAUCAUUCAGCAAAAAAUAAAAUUCAGUAUUCUGUAUCUAUAUGACUGAGAUGAAUAGCAUCAUGCAACACACAAGUGUCCCCUCAGGGCAAGAACUUAAUCAGUGUUCAUUAUGUUUAAAAUUAUUUAAAUUUAAGGCUCAUCUUGUACUACACUUGAAAAGUCAUUCAGUAGGAAAACCAUAUCAAUGUUCAGUGUGUCUUAAGGACUUUUUGCAAAAAUCAGAUCUAAUUAAUCACAUGAGCACUCAUACACAGGAAAAACCAUUUCAAUGUUCAGUGUGUCAAAAAGAUUUUUCACGAAAAUCACACCUAAUAAGUCACAUGAGAGCCCAUACACAGGAAAAACCUUAUCAGUGUUCAGAGUGUCUAAAAGACUUUUCACACAAAAUUACACUAACACUUCACCAGCAGAGAGUUCAUAAACAAGAAAACCCGUACCAGUGUUCAGAGUGUCCAAAAGGGUUUUCUGGGAAGUCAGAUCUAAUAAGACACAUGAGAGUUCAUACUAAAGAAAAACCAUAUCAGUGUUCAGAGUGUCUAAAAGAUUUUUCACGAAAGUCAAAUCUACAAAUGCACAUGAGAGUUCAUACUCAAGAAAAAACGUAUCAGUGUUCAGAGUGUCUAAAACACUUUAAAAGAAAACCAGAUCUAAUAAGACACACCAGAGUUCAUACUCAAAAAAAACCAUAUCAGUGUUCAGAGUGUCUGAAACACUUCUCACAAAAAUCAAAUCUGAUAAGACACAUGAGAGUUCAUACACAUGAAAAACCAUAUCAAUGUUUGGAGUGUCUAAAAGAAUUUUCGCAAAAAACGUGUUUAAUACAACACAUGAGUAUUCAUUCACAAAAAAAGGCAUAUCAGUGUUCAGUGUGUUUGAAAGAUUUUUCACAGAAACCAUCUCUAGUAAGACACAUGAAAGUUCAUACACGUGAAAAACCAAAUCAGUGUUCCUAGUAUCUAAAAGACGUUUCAUUAAAAGCAGACCCAGUAUGACAUAGGAGAACUCAUUCAGUAGAAAGAACAUAAUAUUUUUGAGUGUUUACAAUCAGAACUUUGAAGUGCUUCUGGAGACCAUUUCAUUCAUGGAUUGAAUGUCUUAUGAGCUAAAGAACAAGCACAACUUUCUUGGAUCCAAUCUGAUUGCCUUCCAUUUCUCAGGCUUUGUAUUCUGUGAGUUCUGAGGAUCACUAAUCCUGUGUCAUAGUCUCUCAAAUGGUAUCUUCAUUGGAUUCUUCAUCAGUCUGUUAUAGUGGAACUUCCAUGGAACAGACUAAUAGGGAAGGAGGGGUGUCCUCUUUAUGGAUAAUGAGAUAUAUUGCAAGUCUCAUGGAAAUGGACAUCUGCUAUAUUGAUGGGCUAUCAAACACACUAAGAAUGGACUAAGGGUAGGUUUUUACAAUACACUGCAUGAAUUACAUUACAGUAUAGCUGUACCUGAAAAGCAGAGUUGAAAGUACAAUACAGUAUAGUGCAUA